AUGCAGGUAUUUAAUAAUAAAGAUUAUAUUCCCUAAAGAGUUGGAUUACAAUUAAAUCCUCCAACUAUUGUAAUUGAAUAUUUGAUUCCAAGCUAACAGAAAAUUUAUCGUCAUAAGAUAAAAUUAAUGCGUCUGAGUAGCAAAUCCAACACAGCGGAUUUUGUCUAAUAUAUUAAAAAAAGGCAUAAUUUGUAUGUUUCCAAUUCAAAACUUUUAGAUGAGCAGCUUGAAAGUAAAAAUAAAUCUAAAAAUAAUAGCACUGAUAACGAGACUUAAGGAUAA